AUGGGAUCCAAGUUCCAGCCAACUCUUCUCAUCCUUGUUCUCCUCCAGAUGAUUCCUUGGAUCUCAGGUCAGUAUGACAUCCUUCCUCCUGACAACCCUGUCAUCGGUGUCAUUGGAAGAGGAGUUGUCCUGCCCUGUCAGUUGACAGUGCCCAUCAUCCCUGAGAGACUCUCUGUCCAGUGGCACUUUGAUGGAGGCUCCAAACGAACUGAGGUGGCUUCUUAUGAUGGGACGAACGCCCAGAGCCCAGUGCAGGAGGAUAAGGAUUAUCUGGGCAGGACCAACUUCUUCUGGUCCGAGUUUAACGGUGGCAACCUGUCCCUGUUCCUGAAGAAUGUGAAACCUUCAGACAAGGGCAAAUACACCUGCAAUGUCUUCUAUGAGAACUGGUACAACGAGGUGAUAGUGGACCUGGAUGUGGCAGGUGAGACCAAGAACAGCUUCCUACUUCUUCCCAUGGAAUUCUGA